GGACGCGCUCUGCUCCUCUGAGCGCGUCCUCAGCACGAGGCUCUUUAAAUGAGAUUCAAUUCAAAAUUGAUUAUUGAUAAUAAAAAAGCACCUACACUGUCGCCCUCCUGUGUUCAGCCGCUGCGCACGAGCACAGGAAUAAAGAAGCUCUCACACACACACAACUCUCAUUGUUCAGAUGAAGUGCGCGUGAAAACAGCAUCAACAGAUGAAGUGGAGCCGCGGGAAGUGUUUGACAGGCAGUAUUUACAGGGUGCUUUCGGGAGGGAGCGUGAAACAUGACUCCUCCGCAGUAAGAGGUGUUUUUAACGAAGAAUCAUCCGAUACAAAAGCGGUGGCGUGAGCCCGGGAGACGUCACCAGUCCCCGCCUCGAAUUAUAAAAAUCAAUUGUUCGAUUUGUUCCCCCCAAAAUCAGAAUAGAUGGUCGGAGGAACAUCUGGCUGCCAGACGCACAAGGACGCGCGGCUGCGGGAGACACCAGAACAUCUGGACAAGUCGGACUGAAAGACAAACUCUCCUCAGUGGAUCAGCGUCACUUCAGGUCCCUGAUCAUUUGCCUGGAAAAGGUGUGAAGAAUGCGUCGCACCUCUGCCUGGGUUGGCUGGGCGCUGUGUUUGUGCGCAUCUUUGUCCGUGAGCGCGCAGGACUACCCCGAGGACGACGAGCUGGUCCUGGAUCUGAUCCGUGAGGACGGGACUCAGCCUGAACCCGGAGCCGAGCCCGCGGCCGAGUUCCUCAGGUGCAACAAGCCAGCAUGGCGCGUGCCCGGUCAGUACCUGGUCAUAAUGCGUCAGGGGACGCACGAGUCUCACGUCCAGAGGAGCAUCAGGAGGCUGAGAGCCAGAGCGGCCAGGAGAGGCUUCCUGCUGGAGAUCCUGCAGACCUUCUCCGGAGCUGUGCGCGGCUUCCUGGUCAAGAUGAGCAGUGACGUCCUUCACCUGGCGGUGAAGCUCCCUCAUGUCCACUACAUCGAGGAGGACUCGUCCAUCUUUGCUCAGAGCGCCCCCUGGAACCUGCAGAGGUUACUGCAGCCUCACGGCGGCGCGUCUGAAAAUGGAACAUACCGACCCCCCAAUGAUGGAGGGAUGGCGGAGGUGUAUCUGAUGGAUGGCAGCGUGCAGAGUUCUCACAGAGAGGUUGAAGGGCGAGUGCUCAUCACAGACUUCAACAACAUCCCAGAGGAGGACGGAGUCAGAGUUCAUAGACAGGCGAGUCAGUGUGACAGUCACGGCACACACAUCGCCGGGGUGGUGAGCGGGUCGGACUCUGGUGUCGCUCGCGGUGCUGGUGUGAACCUGGUGCGUGUCCUCAACUGUCAGGGGAAAGGGACCGUAUCCGGGGCUCUGGCAGGUAUCGAGUAUAUCCAAGCAACUUUACAGUCCCGUCCGGUGGAUGCAGUGGUCGUCCUGCUGCCUUUCAUCGGUGGCUUCAGUCGGUCAUUGAACGCAGCCUGCAGGAACAUGGUGGCCAGCGGCGCCGUGGUCAUCGCCGCCGCGGGGAAUUACAGAGAUGACGCGUGCCUCUACUCACCUGCGUCAGAGCCUGAGGUCAUCACGGUGGGGGCCGUUAACGCAGCGGACCAGCUCAUGUCGCAGGGGGCGGGCGGCACCAACUUCGGCCGCUGCGUCGAUUUGUUCGCACCUGGAGACGACAUCGUUAGUGCCAGCAGUGACUGCAACACCUGUUUCACCACCAGGAGUGGAACCUCUCAAGCUGCUGCUCAUGCUGCAGGUGUGGCAGCAGUGAUCCUGUCGUCCAAUCAGAACACGUCACCGGUGCAGGUCCUGCAGAAGAUGCUGCAUUACUCCAUCAGCAACACAAUCAACCUCUUCCCUCUGUCUGACACACAUCGUCUCACCACUGCAAACCUGGUGGCAGCCAUGCCUCCCGCCAACAGCACAACCAAUGUGGAACUUCUGUGCCGCUCCGUGUGGUCAGAGAGGUCAGGGGUCGCGAGCACCAACAGGGCCGUCAGUCGCUGUCGUCAGGGGGAGGAGAUGAUGGGCUGCAGCAGCUUCGCCCCUGAUGGUGUCCAUGUAGGAGAAACCAUCGCUGUGAAAGGUGAGCGAAUGGAGUGUGUCGCCAAUAACCGUCCUGGGGGUGAAGGUGUGUACGCUGUGGCCCGUUGUUGUGUGAUAGGCGGCCUGGUGUGCCAGGCCCAUGCCAGUCCUGAGCCCGGGCGAGACGCUGAGUGUGUCGGCCCACGGACCCACCUGACCGGCUGCACGUCCCGGUCCCCUGCUGAGGUCUCGUCCAACUCCCGUCCUCAUCUGGGUGAUCGGAGGCGGUGUGUGGUGAAGGACGGGGUCACGUCACACGCCGUGUGCUGCCACGCUCCGUCUCUGGAGUGCCACCUGUUGGAGAAGGUGUCAGCUGAUAAAGACCAGGUGGAGGUGUCCUGUCCCUCCGACUGGACUCUGACUGACUGUAACGCCGUCUCUCAGGGUUCUGCUCUCUUGGGGCCUGUUGCUAAGGGCAACAGUUGCCAUGUCCGCAGUGCCACAGGAGCUGAUGCGGUGGCAGGCAUCGCCGUGUGCUGUCGCGUCAGACCAGCAGAGCAGCUCGCCACAGCUCCUCAGUGAUCCGGUCUCACACUCUGACGUCAGCUUUGGUAUCUCUCCGGCACAGGAGUGUUGGUGUCUUUCUGUGGUGUCCUGUAGGUCCCUGAACGCACCUCAACAUCCAUGUGUGACUGAAAGCCUGUCGUCUGUGAAGCUGCUGGUUUGUUCCAGUCGUAGGAUUAGGUGAAAGUCAGCUCCAGUUUCAUUAAUGACUAAUGUUGCCUCGUCUAGUAAAACUCAUUUUCAAACCACAAACACUUUGUUAAAUGUAACCAAAUAUUUUUGUAUUUUUUCAGAUCAAGAUAAAUAGAAAGAGCUUUCCUGAACAGAUGUUUUUUCAAAAUAAUGUCCCAGUUGCAUUGAUCUGAUUUUAGUGAAUACAUGAAUUUAAGUGAUUGCUAUGAAAACUCAAUCAUUUAUAAAACAGGUUAUACUAGUUUUUAAGACUUGGGACAGUUAUAUAUAUAUAUAUAUAUAUAUACACACACACACACCUACAUACAGGGGUGGACAAUAACAAAGUACAUUUACUUAAGUAUAUUUUUCAAGCAUCUGUACUGUACCUGAGAACUAUUUUUUUCUUUUGGAAACUUCUUUUACUCGUCUACACUUAAAGACAAAUAUUGUACUUUUGACUUCACUACUUUUCUAUGAAGGACUCUUACUUUGAAGCAGAGCUUUCAGUCAAUGAAUGACUUUUAUUUUGAAAAAUGUGAUAAACCACACAGUGUGUUCAUCACAGGAAAACCAAUCACAGCCGCCUCCUCCACCGUCAGCGUCCUAACGAUGGCGACGUGAGAUAAAGAUGAGGCAGAAGAUUCUUCAGCAGAGACCGUGAUCUGAUCUGAAGUCUGUGUUUGAAGCUUUACAAAUAAAGAAAGAUUCAUGUAGUUUGAAAUGUUUGCUGAGUUUACCACGACCACACUUCAUCACUGACUGAAAAACAACAGUGGCUCCUUUUGUUGGUUCAGUUGUGUUUUUAUGACAAUUUCAAUAAGCUUUGAAGCAAAUCCUACAAGCUCUUUAUUCUACAGGUUCUACAGUCAGUCAGUCAGUCAGUCAGUCAGUCGGUUCUGUAAAUGUGGAACAAUACAACAAUGUGUUGACAUGAAAAUUUACUUUUGAAUACUUCAGUAUGUUUUUAAAUCCAGUACUUCAUUUGACUGAUCAACUUUCUCUUGGAGUCAAUACUUGAGCAGGAGGAUCUGUACUGGGAAUGAAUCUGUAAUGGAGCUGUGAACAGCUGACUUUAAGGUGAAACUUCCACUUCCUACUUGAAUAAAACACAUUUGUCUGUCCUGAGAA